AUGGAGAGAGCCAGCUGCACCUUGGUCACUCAAUUUGUCUUUGUGAGAUUUUCCAACGCUCCAUGUCUCCAGCUGCUCUUUUUCUCCCUCUUCCUCCUCAUCUACCUCUUAUCCCUUGUGGGCAAUGCACUCAUUGUGCUCAUUGUAACCCUGGAUGGGCGCCUCCACACUCCCAUGGACUUCUUUAUCUGCAAUUUCUCCUUAGUAGAGCUCUGGUACACCACGGUCACUGUGCCCAAAAUGCUGGCCAAUUUUCUAAGUUCCCAAGGUGUCAUCUCGGUUCCCAGCUGCAUCACCCAGUACUACUCCUUCUCUUUGGCUGCCACAGAGCUCUUCUUUCUCACCACCAUGGCCUAUGACUGCUAUGCUGCCAUCUGCCGACCACUCCACUACCCACUCCUGCUCAGCCCUCAAACUUGUGGUACCCUGGCUAGCAUCUGCUGGUUUGUGGGAUUCCUCUGCCCCAUGUUCCCCUCAUUCCUCCUUACACAAAUCUCCUUCUGCGCCCCCAACAAGAUCAACCACUUCUUCUGUGAUGCCAUUCCAAUUUUCCCCCUUUCCUGCGCAGACACAUAA